AUGGAGUCUCGGAAUAAAGGAGAGUUAUCCCAUUCCCACGAGGGUGCAGAGAUCAGGACGAUGCCAAGAGAUAGUGUCGGCGAGGAGGAGGAAGAAGAAGGAGACGACAAGGGAACAUUGUUGUCGUGGGACGCCAUUCUACCUGACGAACUCCUGCAGAAGGUGCUCUCCUUGUUGCCCAUCGCCAACAUCAUCAAAUCGAGCAUCGUGUGCAAACGGUGGUAUGAGGUGGUUCACUCCUGCCCCCCGAUGUCGUGGGAGAUGAUGGCGCCACAGAAGUCAUUGUUCUUCAGAUCCUGCUUUAACGACUGUGCCUUCUCAGGCAUCGUGUACGACCCUUGUCUCCUCCGGUGGUGCAACUUCGACUUCCCCCGCUUAGAAAAGGGCAUCUGGUGCACAUCCUCCUCCUGCGGCCUGGUCUGCUUAAUGAACCCCAAUGACGGGAGCCGCUUAUUGGUCGGCAAUCCCAUCAAGAGAGACUGGAAGCAGCUUCCUCAAGUCCCCGCCUGCUCUUUCCCCCACUACAAUGCGCUCGCCUUGUCGUUCGACCGCCGCACGCGCGGCUACACCGUGGUCGUCGCCAAGUGCUCCCGCACCCCGCAAUUGCCAGGGAAGUCCAAGCAAUGGCACUUAUCGGUCCACGUGUACCAAUCGACGACGAAAUCGUGGGUCACUCCCUUCGCCCAAGACCUCGGCCUCUGGAUAGGCAGCUACGAGGCCGUCAUAUGCGACGGCGUGCUCUACUACUUCAUGAGCCAUCAGGAUCUGACCACCCCCCACUUAAUAGCGUUCAACCUCAUGAAGCCGCCCUCUAGCAUUCAGUCUUUGCUUCAAGAAUCUAUUCCUGCGCCAUACCCUCUUAUCUGUACUGGGUUGAUCAACUUGUCGAACAAAUUGGUCAUGGUCGCCAUGAAAGACUACGGGGCGCACGAGGGAGUGGUGAUUUUGGAACUCGAGGAUAAGACAUGGCGGGAAGUGGCUCAAAUGCCCAUCUCCAUGUACAAGGAUUUACGCUGCAAGUAUUUAAUCUGGUGUUGCGGCGUCGGCGACUUCCUCUUCAUGCACGCCUCAAUGUGGUCGGUGCCACUGACCUUCGACAUGAGGCAGAAGGUGUGGAAAUGGUCGAGCCACCCCUACCUUGAGCAGUUGGACUUCUGCAACAGACCGGAGUCCCUAUUCUACUGCGGCUUCUGCUUCGAACCGAGACUCGACGUCUCCUCUUGA